ACUGUUCAUAUCAUCCGAUGAUACGACGGAUGACGGUCAGCGGACGAGAUUUUGAAAGUUUAGUGAAAUCGGGAACGUCAAAGUGGAGUGAUUAUUGAAAAAAUAUUUCCGGGGCACAGAAAAGGACAAUACUGGGAAUACGCAGAACCUGACCGACCCCGUGUAAUCCAAUUAGAGCUUCGUUUCAGCUACUCCGUUUGGGCAUUAGCAAACUUUGCCGAUUCACAAUGUGGCCAAUAAACUUCAGUCGCAGCAAAUGUUUUCCCCUGCUCACCGUGCUCUGUGUGGCAUUGGUCGUCCUGAGCUUGGCACCGGCCAGCGGAAGUGCCGAGAAGGAGAUCCCGAUUACCAAGUUCAGUCAGAAUGUCGGAGGCUACGGGGCCACGAUGACGUUCAUGUACUGCUAUUCUUGCGGCUAUCGUAAGGCUUACGAUGAGUACUACAACAUCAUUCAUGAAAAGUACCCGGAGAUUACGAUCCGCGGCGCAAACUAUGACCCGCCGGGCUUCAACAUGUACCUCUCCAAGAUCCUGCUCGUGGCGAAGCUCGCCAUGAUCAUGGUCCUGAUGUCCAACUUCAAUCUGUUCGGUUUCCUGAACCUGCGGAUCCCAUCCUGGUGGCAGUGGUGCACGGACAACAAGAUGUACGCCUGCAUGAUGGUCUUCUUCCUGGGGAACAUGCUCGAGGCGCAGCUCAUUUCAUCGGGUGCUUUUGAAAUUUCCCUAAACGAUGUCCCAGUUUGGUCGAAGCUGGAGACGGGUCGCAUUCCUGCUCCCCAGGAGCUGUUCCAAAUCAUCGACAGUCAUCUGCAGUUUUCGGAUAAGAUCGAGCAGAAUCCCGACUUUGUAAAAUAAGCUAUGCGCCGCCUGUUCAUUGUAGAUUUAGUUUUGAAUCUUAAGUUAGAUGAUUUUUCACUGUUUUAUUUACAUCGACUAGUCUUCUGUUGAUAUUCAAAAACGAACCAUAAGCAAUCUAUUUAGGAUCACAUUCUGUUCACAGAGUUCCUUAAAUCUUGACGAUUCAAAGAUUUUCACGUGUAGUUUUUCAAACGACUUGAUGUUCUGUUAGUUUUACAAUUGGGAGUCUAAUACACUCGAUUUGGGUUUUGCAUGCAGAAAUAAAGGGUUAAACAAAUCCGUGCAGAAACCGUAUCGGGUAUACAUCUAUUAAAAAUUUCAAAAGAAAAGAUAAGCAAAAAUUGUAGAGUUUUGUAAAGAUUUUGUCAUUGUCCCAAAUCAAAAAAUGUGAAAAUGAAAAUUUAUGGUAGCUCACUUGAUCGAAUGUUCUCAAUCAAUCAAACGAACAAAGGAAUGUAGAAAGUCAAAGGUAAAAUUUGGAAAUAUAAUAACUACAAACGAAA